GGUCGGGAUGGCCGCUCUCAGGUUUCUCUCUGGUUUUACUCAGACAUUACUAUACCAAGUUCAGUUCCUGUACUUUGUUAACCUUGUUCCCUGUCAAUCCUGUCAUUAUCCAUACUGUCAUAACUGUCAUUCAUCUGAAGAAAUAACGGUCGAACAACGGAGUCGAGACGAAACAAGGCAGAGUGCAAAGUACGGGCGAACUGUCAUGCUGUGUUUCUGCGACACAAUGAGUAACGGGAAGUUGUGUAACGUUUUCGCACGGUAGAAGCAUCCGCGUCUCAUUCCCGUUCGCUCCAGUUCGCUCGUCUCAUAGUCAGCGCCGGUACCACCAUGGCCUGGCUCGGCACGAUCGCAAACAACGUUCUGCGGAACAUCGUCUUCUCGGACACGCCGCCGAACGUCGUCCAGGAGGUGCGGCCGGACCAGUACAGCAAUCGGCAUAUACAUUCCCGUGAGGACGGCAUUGUCCUCUACGGCCCUGGCGGUAAGAAUCAGGACAAAUACGAGAUCGUCCUGCACAGGCCAUGCACGGAGACCUUACAUCAAGCAUUCAGUCUGUUUCGAUCGGAAACUCUAGAUGGUGCAGAGACAAGAUUCUUAAUAUAUAAAGACAAAGUCCCUGUACUUGUGCAGAUAGUACGUGAGAUGUGCCAUGUUGGAAAAAUUCAAAAACUCUGCGACACUCUGGUAGAACACCCUACAUGGACUCUAGCACAUUUAGCAGCCUACUUUGCUCUUCAUGAUGCAUUCAUGCACGCGAUCGUCAACAGUCAGCUCAACAGCGGGGACUCAGAGACUGGUAUUUCGCCUUUGCAAGUCGCUGUACAAACUAAUAAUUUGCGCACCGUCGAGAUGCUGAUAGCAGCGAAGAGUUCGCUGGAACAUCUAGAUCAUAAUGCGAACACGGUUUAUCAUUACGCAGCUACAUCCACCAAAGAGAUCAUUCUUGCUCUGGGCUCGGGUCUUCCAAACAGUUUGAACAGUCGUAACAGCAACGGUCACACCCCCAUGCAUGUCGCUUGCCUGAACGAUAAGCCCGAAUGCGUAAAAGCGCUCCUACUGAUCGGUGCCGACGUGAACAUAUCUGCUUCCGAGGGUCAGCCCUCUAGUCCCGGUUAUGUUGGCGAUUUUUUACACAACAAGCCGAACGUGCUUCACGCAGAGGACAUGAAAUUCGGCGGCACACCAUUGCACUGGUCACGUAGUCGCGAAGUGAUCACGGCGCUGAUCGACACCAACUGCGAUAUCGACGCGCUCAACUUCGACGGGCGUACUGCUCUGCAUGUAAUGGUGAUGCGCAAACGACUGCCCUGCGUGAUCGCCUUGCUGAGUCAUAUGGCGUCCGUUAACAUUGUCGAUAAUGACGGCAAUACGCCGCUGCAUCUUGCGGUGGAAGCAGAGACACCGGCCGUCGUACAGGCGCUCAUUGGCUUCGGCUCUGACGUCGACGCGCGGAACUGGAAGGCGGAAACGCCUAGGCACAAAGCGAAUGUUGAUACUACCGAAGGUAACAAGAUGAUCUACCUGCUGCAUGCGGUAGGCGCGCAAAGAUGUCCAUCGGAGAUGAAAGAUUGUCAUCUUGGCUGCAAGCAUGACGAGAAUUACACCGGUAUCGCACCGUCGGAACCACCACAGUAUGUACCGCGCACGAUUCUCGAUCAGAUGCUUCACGUAUCAGGCAUGGAGAAGAUGGCCGAGUCUGGAAACCAUAAACGGAUCAAGGGCGGUAGAUUACUUUGUCUCGAUGGUGGCGGUAUUCGGGGAUUAGUGCUCAUACAGACGCUGUUGGAGAUCGAAUCGGUGCUGCGUAAACCCGUGGUACAGUGCUUUGAUUGGAUAGCCGGCACGUCUACCGGCGGUAUCCUGGCGCUUGGCCUCGCCGCGGGUAAGUCCCUACGGGAAUGUCAAGCUCUCUACUUUCGUAUCAAGGAAAACGCUUUCGUGGGUUCGCGACCUUACAAUAGCGAGGGUCUGGAGAAGGUAUUGAAAGAGUGCCUCGGCGCUCACACCGUCAUGGCGGACAUUCAGAAACGAAAAAUAAUGAUCACGGGCGUACUCGCCGAUCGUAAGCCCGUGGAUCUUCAUCUAUUUCGCAAUUACGAGGCGCCUAGUAUGAUCUUGAAGUUACCGGAGAACGGAAUGUUCAAAUCGACAUUAUCGCCACAGGAGCAGUUACUUUGGAAAGCGGCGAGGGCCACUGGCGCGGCGCCGUCGUAUUUUCGGGCAUUUGGCCGUUUCCUGGACGGCGGUCUGAUCGCUAACAAUCCUACCUUGGAUGCCAUGACGGAGAUCCACGAGUACAAUUUGGCGCUGAAGGCUACUAACCGCGAGAAUGAGGUGAUACCGCUGUCGUUAGUGGUCUCUCUCGGCACGGGACUCAUACCGACUACGUAUACCUUGAAUGAGAUUGACGUUUUCCGGCCGGAGAGUCUCUGGGACACCGCCAAGCUCGCGUUCGGUAUUUCUGCGCUGGGCACGCUGCUGGUCGAUCAGGCGACAGCCAGCGAUGGCCGCGUGGUCGAUCGCGCUCGCACCUGGUGCUCCAUGAUCGGCGUACCAUACUACAGAUUCAAUCCGCAGCUGUCGACGGAAGUCGCCAUGGACGAGAAGAGCGACGAAAUACUGGUGCAUAUGAUCUGGAACGCGAAGGCGUUCAUGCACGCGAAUCGAAACGUGGUGCAGGAAUUAGCAACUAUUAUUGGACGCGACUCCAGUUUAGAAAAGGACUAAGGAGAAAGAUUAAGGAGUAUCAUCUAUUGUUAAAAAAAGUACCUGGUUGCGGAUUCGUCUCACGCGCACAUACACGUUCACGUUCGGUGUAAUAAUCGACGAUUUACCGCUGGCUCGGUUAAUGAUUACAUAAUUAGCCUAGUAAUUAUCUCGUAGCGUGUAUUAUAGUUACUUCUUUACCGGUACUUGCCGUCAAUGUCUCGACAAAUGUGAUAUUAGAUUGCCUUUUUUUCCGCCCGCUCGCAAUGUAAACACGAUUUGUGUGAGGCGCUUGUAUGUACUCGCAUAUUUCCUCUUUUCCUUCUUUUCAUAAUUUUAGCUCAAUUGCGAUUAAAUUUUUCUCCUAGUCACUAGCAAUCUUAUGGGAUGACACAUUUUAGUUAAUAU